AUGCCUGAAUAUCGGCACUUUAAAGUCUCUCGUUAUUCGUUCUGUCGGUCAAAACAAAAUACACAAUGGUUUCAUGUCGUCGGAAUAUCCAACCUCACUCUCACGUUCGUGCUUCUGUCUCCAACUGUUGCGGAUUCGAUUAUUUUAACUAAGGGAACUAGAGUUUUGGAGUCGAUCAAGCUUUUUGAUCUCUACGACUCUAGAGUUAUUUUGAUGUUUAGGCGGCCCAAGGUCCAAUUCCAGUGGUCCGAUUUCAAAGGGUCAAUCAGGAAGUUUUGUGUUCACACCGAAAACGAGUUUGACAACAUUAAAGAGCUGUCAAGUAGUAUUGUGAACUUUUUUGUCGAUCAUACCCGCCUGAAUCUGGUUAGCAGCCCGAGUAAUAUUGGCGUUUGGAGCGCUGGGUCCGAGUGCUCCGUGGACGAGCCCAAAGUGGUACCAUUCGAAAUUCUUCCUCCCAUCUUGCAGAGUACCCUAGAACCUGUUGCAACUUUUACUGUGAAAAGCUAUGCCCGGUGUGAGACGCCCAUCAAGCUCGCUCCUCAUAUACAGCCGGUACUCCAUUGGCAGCAUUUGGCAGCCACGUCGGGGCUUCAGCUGUCGUUGAUUUCCAAGCCCAGACGAAUAAUGGUGUACCGACAAACUAUUGUGGUCGAUGAUAUUCGAGCCGACGAUGUGCACCUCAAGAUCUGCUGCUCGCCUACGCAUCUCAGUCUCAAAUACCGGAACAACGACACUUUGAAGAUCUGCCGGCGUCAGCUUGGCUUCACCUCGACGGAAAUGGCAGGCAUCUGUGCCUUUUUCAGGUCCCAUCAAAUGGAGUUUUCCAUCGCAGCCAUCAACUUGCAAACAGAAAGCACUCGAAUCACGAGUCACAUUAGCAGCCCCUGGUCAGGAGGACUUUGA